GAGUGAAGAGAUCUUGCGUUUGAGUUCGGCUGGACCUUUAUUGCCUCGUGACGGCUCAGCUGAACCGAAGAGAAGUGAAUGAUUCUGUCCAUCAUGGGGAUAAAAGAGAAAAAGUUUUGUUUCUGUGCACAGAUUGUGAUGUUAACCCUUGUAGCAUGCACUUCCUCAGUUCAGUCCGGAUCCUUGUUUUGUCCUACAUCUUCCCUCUCACCCCAAACACCAACUUCUGUUCAUUCUCUGAGGCCUGCUGAUGUGUCUGUGAUAUCUGCUUUGUUUUUGUCUGAUGUGGAAAGAUCUGAUGAAAUUAAUGCCCUGAACAUUCUGUUAGAAAUAUUCUUCACCUUUAACCCUAAUGUGUCGUGUUUUGUACCCAAGCAGAGGAGCAUCAUGGAUCAAACCGAGAUCAUCACACAGUCCCUCAGCUCCACUCAGUGGAAGCUGCUCUUGUUUUUUGUACUGGUUGAUGAGCCGUGCGUAUGUGAAGGCCAGGACAUCGAAGCAAGUCUUAAUGAAACCGUGAGCCGAGUGGAGAAUGAACUAAGCAGCCUUCACAAGCAGUUGAAACACACACUCGUUCAUGUUGUUGUUUGGGGUCGACUGCCAACUUCUGAGUCUCCUAGCCGAGAUUGUCAGUGCCAGUGUGAGGAGGAAUACAGUAUAAACAGACGCAGGCUGAACACUGUAACCCUCAUGGCUUCAUUGCAGGAAUCUCUCAGUGCUGUUUUAAAGAUCAACGGUUGGUUUAGCAAACAGGAAGAUUUCAGUGUGAUGCUUCAAUCCAGCCCAGUGCACAUUGAUCUGUCAGCUUCAAUGAAAGCCGCUACACUUGACGUCAGCAAACAGGCUUUACAGCUGUGGUUAAAUUUGUUGCAGGCAGUGACAAACAAGACUGAGAUGGAGGGUCUCGGCUAUAUUCCGUGCCCUGCGGAGGAAAAGCCGUACUUGCGAACACAACAAAACUCACCUGAACCGGAAGCAGAUGUCCUGACUCUAGACCCGGUGAUGGGGACUAAGCUCCCCUGUGAGGACCGAUCUCCAUCUCCCACUGUUCCCACCUCAGUUCACUACCUGAGGCCAGCGGAUAUCAAAGUGGUGGCAGCGAUUGGGGAUUCAUUGACUACAGGUAAUGGGGUGGGCGCAGCACAAAACGAUCAGCUGGGUUUGAUCACACAGUACCGCGGCCUAUCGUGGAGCAUCGGCGGCGACAAGGACUUAUCAUCUGUGACAACUUUACCAAAUAUUUUGAAGGAGUUUAACCCUUCGCUCGUGGGCUAUUCAUUGGGAGAAGGAGAUGAGAAGUCUGCACAAAGUUUUCUGAACCAAGCGGUAGCCGAAGCCAAUUCUGAUGAUCUGGUUAAUCAAGCUUGUGCUGUCAUUUCAAGAAUGAAAUCCGACUCCCGUAUCGAUUUCCAGAACGAUUGGAAGCUUAUCACGGUCUAUAUUGGAGCACGGGACAUGUGUGACUUCUGCUCUGAUACUGUAUAUUUUUCUCCUGAUAACUUUGGAAGGCGUAUACGUGAAGCUCUGGACAUAUUACACAGUGAGGUACCUCGUGCACUGGUGAAUCUGGUGGAGCUUAUGAACGUGGUCCCACUGCGUCGCCUGCAUCAGGACCUCAGCAUCGGCUGUCCCACCUGGAUGUCCAAGAUGGUGUGCCCAUGUGUGCUUGAACCUGAAGACGGAUCUUAUGAAGUUCAGAGGAUGGAGGAUUUCAAUAAAGCCUAUCAGCGUGUUAUGGUGGAGCUGGUUGAGUCGGGACGAUAUGAUACACAUGAGAACUUCACCGUAGUUUUGCAGCGAUUCUUCAGAAACGUGUCUCUCCCUUUGAUGAAGGACGGAAGACCUGACCGUUCCCAUUUCUCUCCCAACUGUGUUCAUCUCAGUCAAAAAUCUCACACUUUAAUGGCACAAGCUCUCUGGAAUGACAUGCUGCAGCCCUUGGGUAAUAAAACCGAUUAUACUCCUGAUGUCCCUUUGGUAUGCCCUGAUGAGUCCAUCCCUUUUUUAAGGACCUAUCUCAACAGCAAUUACACAUACGAAACCCCGCCUCCCACUCCUUCACCGCCCACUAACUGGGGAAGUGACUUCUCAUGUGAGGACACAGAACCCUCUGAAAGUGUGCCAAUAUCAGUUCACAGACUGCGCCCAGGUGACAUUAAAAUAGUCGCAGCUUUGGGAGAUGCAGUCACUGUCGGCUUCGGUGUAAAGGCUAUAAACCUUCUGCAGUUAUUCAAUAAUGAGCGAGGGGUCUCAUGGAGCAUUGGUGGAGAUGAAACACUGGAAACGGUUACCACAUUGCCGAACAUCCUUAAGAAGUUCAAUCCAAGUGUUUUUGGCUUCUCAAAGGGAACAAAUGAGCAAACCAAAGGCUUCAAUGUGGCUGUAACAGGAGCCCAAGCAAGAGAUGUACCAGAGCAAAUGAGGGAUCUCAUCACAGCUUUAAACAGUAGUGAUAAAGUGAACUUUGAAGAGGAUUGGAAGCUGGUGACACUGUUUAUCGGGAUAAAUGACCUUUGCCUGCACUGUCAUGACCCGGAUUCACUGUCUCCUCAGAAGUACAUUGGUCACAUCGCUGAAAGUCUAGACAUGUUAUACAAUGAGGUUCCUAGAGUCCUGGUAAAUCUUGUGGAAAUCCCUGAGAUGAAGGAUUUUCAUUUGGUACACAAAAACACGUUGGGAUGCAGCCUCGUGCAUGAGAGCAUGUGUCCAUGUUUUCUGGACCCGGAAGAGAAAUCUCCAGAAAUGAAGAAGAUCAACAGGGAAUUCCAGACGGAGACUGAAAGGCUGGUAUAUGGGGGUCGGUAUGAUGGCAGAGAGGACUUUGCAGUGGUGUUGCAGCCCUUCUUUAAAAACAGUGUUAUCCCAAUGACUGAGGAUGGCACACCUGACCUAAACAACUUCUCUGUGGACUGUGCUCAUUUCUCUGAACGUGCACAUGCGGAAUUUGCCAUUGGACUCUGGAACAACAUGCUGGAGCCUGUGGGGAGUAAACUAACCUAUCAUGAUUUCACACACGAUCGCAGUAAGAUCCAUUGUCCCACAAAGGAGCAUCCUUUCAUCUUUACAAUAUUAAACAGUGUGAGCGGCAACUCUGGAGUAUCGACAACUGCCGUCCCCAAUACACAGCCUACACAGGCACUCCAGCCCCUCUUGAUUGUGGAAAUAAAAGAAUCUGAUGAAAUUAAAGCCUUGAACAUGCUGUCAGAAAUUUUCUUCACCUUUAACCCUGAUGUGUUGUCUUUUGUACCUGAGCAGAGGAGCAUCAUGGAUCAAGCAGAAAGCAUCACACAGUCCCUCAGCUCCACUCAGUGGAAGCUGCUUUUGUUUUUUGUACCGGUUGAUGAGCCGUGUGCAUGUGGAGGCCAGGACAUCAGUGCAACUCUUAAUGAAACUCUGAGCCGAGUGGAGAAUGAACUAAGCAGCCUUCACAAGCAGUUGAAACACACACUCGUUCAUGUUGUUGUUUGGGGUCGACUGCCAACUUCUGAGUCUCCUAGCCGAGUUUGUCAGUGCCAGUGUGAGGAGGAAUACAGUAUAAACAGACGCAGACUGAACACGGUAAUCCUCAUGGCUUCAGUGCAGGAAUAUCUUGGUGCUGUUUUAAAGUUCAAUGGUUGGUUUAGCGAACGGGAAGAUUUCAGUGUGAUGCUUCAAUCCAGCCCAGUGCACACUGAUCUGUCAGCCUCAAUGAAAGCCGCUACACAUGACUGCUCACAAGACGGCUCACAUGACGUCAGCAAACAUGCUUUACAACUGUGGUUAAAUCUGUUGCAGCCAGUGACAGACGAGACUGAAAUGGUGGGGCUCGGCUAUCUUCCGUGCCCUGCGGAGGAAAAGCCUUACUUGCGAACACAACACAACUCACCUGAACUAAAAGCCGAUCUCCCCAUUCUAGACCCGGUGAUGGGGACUGAGCUCCCCUGUGAGGACCGAUCUCCAUCUCCCACUGUUCCCACCUCAGUUCACUACCUGAGGCCAGCGGAUAUCAAAGUGGUGGCAGCGAUUGGGGAUUCAUUGACGGCAGGUAAUGGGGUUGGUGCAGCACAAAGCGACUUGCUGGGUGUGAUCACUCAGUACCGUGGCCUAUCAUGGAGCAUCGGCGGGGACAAGAACUUAAAAGCUGUGACAACUUUACCAAAUAUUUUGAAAGAGUUUAACCCUUCGCUUGUGGGCUAUUCACUGGGAGAAGGAGAUGAGAAUUCUGAACAAAGUUUUCUGAACCAAGCUGUAACCGAAGCCAAUUCUGAUGAUCUGGUCAAUCAAGCUCAUGCUGUCAUUUCAAGAAUGAAAUCCGACUCCCGUAUCGAUUUCCAGAACGAUUGGAAGGUUAUCACGGUCUAUAUUGGAGCACGGGACAUGUGUGACUUCUGCUCUGAUACUGUAUAUUAUUCUCCUGAUAACAUUGUGAAGCAUAUACGUGAAGCUCUGGACAUAUUACACAGUCAGGUACCUCGUGCGCUGGUCAAUCUGGUGGAGCUUCAAUACAUAAUCCCACUGCGUCACCUGCAUCAGGACCUCAGCAUCGACUGUCCCACCUGGCUGUCCAAGAUGAUGUGCCCAUGUGUGAUUGAACCUGAAGAUGGGUCUUAUGAAUUUCAGAGAUUGGAGGAUUUCAACAAAGCCUACCAGCGUGUUAUGGUGGAGCUGGUUGAGUCGGGACGAUAUGAUACCCAUGAGAACUUCACCGUAGUUUUGCAGCCGUUCUUCAGAAACGUGUCUCUCCCUUUGCUGGAGGACGGAAGGCCUGACCGAUCCCUUUUCUCUCCCGACUGUGUUCGUCUCAGUCAAAAAGCUCACACUUUAAUGGCACAAGCUCUCUGGAACAACAUGCUGCAGCCCUUGGGUAAUAAAACCGAUUAUACUCCUGAUGUCCCAUUGAUAUGCCCUGAUGAGUCCAUCCCUUUUUUAAGGACCUAUCUCAACAGUUAUUACACAUACGAAAUCCCGCCUCCCACUCCUUCACCGCCCACUAACUGGGGAAGUGAUUUCUACUGUGAGGACACAGAACCCUCUGAAAGUGUGCCAACAUCAGUUCACAGACUGCGCCCAGGUGACAUUAAAAUAGUCGCAGCUUUGGGAGAUUCAAUCACUGUCGGCUUGGGUGUAAAGGCUAAAAACCUUCUGCAGUUAUUCAAUGAGGAGCGAGGGGUAUCCUGGAGCAUUGGUGGAGAUGAAACAUUGGGAACGGUUACCACAUUGCCAAACAUCCUUAAGAAGUUCAAUCCAAAUGUUUUCGGCUUCUCAAAGGGAACACAUGAGCAAACAAAAGGCUUCAAUGUGGCAGUGUCAGAAGCCCAAGCAAGAGAUGUACCAGAACAAGUGAGGGAUCUCAUCACAGCUUUAAGCAGUAGUGAUAAAGUGAACUUUGAAGAGGAUUGGAAGCUGGUGACACUGUUUAUCGGGAUAAAUGACCUUUGCCUGCACUGUCAUGACCCGGAUUCUCUGUCUCCUUGGAUGUACAUUAGUCACAUCACUGAAAGUCUAGACAUGCUAUACAAUGAGGUUCCUAGAGUCCUGGUAAAUCUUGUGGAAAUCCCUGAGCUGAAGGAUAUUCGUUUGGUAAACAACGACACUUUGGGAUGCAGCCUCGUGCACAAGACCAUGUGUCCAUGUUUUCUGGACCUGGAAGAGAAAUCUCCAGAACUGAGAGAAAUGAAGAAGAUCAACAGCGACUUUCAGAUGGAGACUGAAAGGCUGGUAUAUGGGGGUCGGUAUGAUGGACGAGAGGACUUUGCAGUGGUGUUGCAGCCCUUCUUCAAAAACAGUGUUGUUCCAAUGACUGAGGGUGGCACACCUGACCUAAACUUCUUCUCUGUGGACUGCGCUCAUUUCUCUGAACGUGGACAUGCUGAAAUGGCCAUUGGACUCUGGAACAACAUGUUGGAGCCUGAGGGAAGUAAACUAACCUAUCAUGAUUUCACACACGACCGCAGUAAGAUCCAUUGUCCCACAAAGGAGCAUCCUUUCAUCUUUACAAUGUUAAACAGUGUGAGCGGAGUAUCGACAACUGCCGUCCCCAAUACACAUCCUACACAGGCACCCCAGCACCCCUUGAUUAAACAAAUAAAAGGUUGACUUAAA